CGCGGAGGCCUGGGCGGCGCGGCCUGGGGAUGGUGGGCCCCUGCGCUUCUGCGCCGGCGAGGGCACCCCCAGAGCAGCCGUGCCCCGGGGCUGCCCCAGCAAGGCGCUUGACAGUGAGCCCUGGCGAAGUUGGGCAGCUGUGAGUCUGCCCGUCGCCGUUAAGUGCCCUUAGGAUGCAGCGAUUAAGGAAUUAGGCUCUCCCUCCGGGAGGGGCACUGCCUGCGCUUGAGAACCCGGUGCAGAGAAAAAGGACAGAAUGAUGCUGUCCGAGCAAGCCCAAAAGUGGUUUCCUACCCACGUGCAGGUCACAGUGCUCCAAGCCAAAGAUCUGAAGCCCAAAGGCAAAAGUGGCACCAAUGACACAUACACUAUAAUUCAGCUGGGCAAGGAAAAGUACUCCACCUCUGUAGCCGAGAAAACCCUUGAGCCAGUCUGGAAGGAAGAGGUCUUUGAGCUACCUGGGUUGCUAAUGCAGGGGAAUCCAGAGAAAUACAUUCUUUUCCUCAUAGUUAUGCACAGGUCCCUGGUGGGUCUGGAUAAAUUUUUAGGGCAGGUGGCAAUCAAUCUCAAUGACAUCUUUGAGGACAAACAAAGAAGGAAAACAGAGUGGUUUAGAUUAGAAUCCAAACAAGGAAAAAGAGCCAAAAAGGGUGAGAUAAAGGUCAAUAUUCAAUUCAUGAGGAACAAUAUGACAGCAAGUAUGUUUGACUUAUCAAUGAAGGACAAAACAAGGUCUCCUUUUGCAAAAUUAAAAGAUAAGAUGAAAGGUAGAAAAAACGAUGGGACAUUUUCUGAUACGUCUUCUGCCAUCAUUCCAAGUUCUCACAUCCCCGAUGCCAGUACUGAAUUUUCAAGUGGUGAAAUGCAGAUGAAAUCCAAACCAAAAAAGCCUUUCCUUUUGGGUCCUCAGCGACUCUCUUCGGCACAUUCGAUGUCUGAUCUGACUGGGACCCACAUAUCUUCUGAGAAGCUGAAGUCUGGCACCGCUGGUCAGACACAUCUUCUUGGACGCCAGAUAGAUUCCUUCGGAGCGGUUCCGGAAAGUGGAAGUCUCAAAUCUCCACACAGAAGAACAUUAAGCUUUGAUACUUCUAAAAUGAACCAACCUGACAGCAGUGUGGAUGAAGGUGACUCGUCUUUCGGAAGACAAAAUGACCCAUUUACAAAUGUGACUGCUUCAUUACCCCAAAAAUUUGCAACACUGCCAAGGAAGAAAAAUCCAUUUGAAGAAAGCAGUGAAUCCUGGGACAGCAGCAUGAAUUUAUUUUCAAAACCAGUUGAAGUAAGGAAAGAAAAUAAAAGGGAGAAAAGGGAGAAAGUUAGCCUGUUUGAAAGAGUGACUGGAAAAAAAGAUAGCAGAAGAUCUGAUAAACUUAACAAUGGGGGAUCUGAUAGCCCUCGUGACUUGAAAUCACCCAAUGCAUUUAGUGAAAAUCGUCAGGACUAUUUCGAUUAUGAGUCAACUAAUCCGUUUACAGCAAAAUUCAGGGCUUCAAAAAUGCCAUCUUCAAGUUUUCAUAUGAAUCCAACAAGCAAUGAGGACCUCAGGAAAAUCCCGGACAGCAACCCUUUUGAUGCCACCGCAGGGUAUCGUGGUCUGACCUACGAGGAGGUCCUACAGGAGCUGGUGAAGCACAAAGAGCUCCUCAGGAGGAAAGACACGCACAUCCGGGAACUCGAGGACUACAUCGACAACCUCCUCGUAAGGGUCAUGGAGGAGACGCCCAGUAUCCUCAGAGUGCCAUACGAACCGUCCCGGAAAGCUGGCAAGUUCGCCAACAGUUAAUAAGCCAGUCGUACUGUGCUUGCGUUAGGGGCAAGAAGAAAAGAGACAAAGGAAGAAGGAAAUCUCGGUACUGCGAGAAACCACACGAUCAGGCUUCGUUACAUACUCGCCUUCAUUGCGAAAAACUACGUCCCGUGUAAAUACUAGCAGGGACUCUCAAGAGUGACCUGUGAAGUGAGCUAAAUUAUUUACACUUUUAAAGUGAAAAGGGGCCAGAUUCUCCAUGAAUAAGCAGUUCCUUCGGCUUCACUUAGGUGCUGGUGUCGCCCACGAACCUGCCAUAGGCCUAGGGGCAGCUUCGGAAGUACACGACUCGUGAUUCCUCAGGAAUAGAUUUCUCCUAAAGCAGAAUCGACGCCGUGGCCGGUUUCUCAGAAGUCGGUUUGUAGACACAUUUAGCUGCAGGAAUACCGUUCAUUGUAAACACUCAAAAGAAAGUUCCUAUUUUAUAUGCAUCCGUAUGUGUACAUGAAUAUAUGUUCAUGUAUCUUUGUGUAUAAAAUACAUGCAUAUACCUCAUAUAUACAUGUGUUUUUAAAACAUUUAAGAACAACUGGUUGCCUCUAAAAUUAAGAUACCGAUUUCUCAAUGUGAAGAUCUAUGUGUGCUCUCUCGAUGCAAAACAAAAUCGUCAUCGCUACCGUAUCACGUACGGUUUGUUACCGGGAAGCUGCUUCAGAUCACUCUUGACUUUGUGAACCUUGGUUUCACAGAGCUGCUCCCCUGUGUUAUUCCAGUAUCAGAUGUUGCUCUUUUUCUGAAAGGAAUGAUCCAAAGUUCUGUGAGUUUUGUUUUUGUUUUUGUUUUUGUAGUUUUUUGAAGCAUGACCUAUUUUAGGAAACUUGAUUAGCUUCAGGAGAGUAACUUGUUGUCUUCGCGUUUGAGUUUCGUUUAAGUCCAAGAGAAGCUAAGGUAGUCUGUUUGGUUGAGAUUCUGAAUGCCUUUAGAUCACUAGCCAGAAAAAUAUUAGGAAGUUAGA